UAGACAUACUACACAGUGACACAAUUACACGUCUAAUACACAUGUAUAGUUCAAUUUCAAUAUUUUCGUAUUUCUACAAAAUUUAAAUUAAUUUUGUACAAAUUGUUUUUUAAUUUUUGUUUAAAAAAUUGACUAUCUUAUUUGUUUCUAGCUAAGUACAAUACAUUAAUGUUUCCAUAUUAAUUUCUUUUAACGCCAUUAUGGAUAUUUCAACUGAAAGCGUUUCAUCAUUGAGACAGUCAUUUGAAGAUAAACUCAAUGAAAAAAACGAAGUGUUUCAUCCUUUGGAUCUUGCCAAAAUAAAUAAUUCGGAUGCAUGGCUUAAACGGUUUUUAAUUCAUACUGAAGGUAAUCAAGAAGAAGCUUUAUCCAUGUUAUGGAAUGUAUGUGAAUGGAGAAAAUCAUUUGGUGUUAAUGAAAUGAGUGAAUCAAAUGGUACAGUAAGAAUUGAUUACUUAGAGGAGGGAAUCAUGUAUCCUCAUGGUAUGGACGUAGAUGGUAAACUUAUGUUCAUUAUUAGAUGCAAACUGCAUUUUAAAGCUUCUAAAGAUUCUGAGGAAUGUAAAAAGUGCGCUGUGUACUGGUUUGAAAGAAUGGAAAGGUUAACUAAUGGUGAUCAAAUUACAAUAUUUUUUGAUAUGAUGGGUUCUGGUUUAAGUAAUCUUGAUAUGGAAUUUACGAAUUACUUAAUAAAUUUACUUAAAAUGUAUUAUCCAGCCUUUUUAAAUUACAUUAUAAUUUAUGAAAUGCCAUGGGUUUUAAAUGCGGCUUUUAAAAUAAUCAAGACAUGGUUACCAGCCAAGGCUGUGAAAAAAAUUAAAUUCCUAAAUAAACAUAAUUUGAGCGAAUUUGUAUCAAAAGAAUCAAUAAUGGUCAAUUGGGGUGGUGAAGAUAAUUACAAGUUUAAUUUUGAACCAGAAACUAAAAAAGUUGAAGAAACCAAGAAAAAGGUUCAUUUUGCAGAAACAAUGGAAGUGAAAAAUGGUUCAGGAGACAUUCGAGAUAUAGUGUAUAUGCCCAAAGAGCUUAAACUGAAAAUAAACCCUAGCGAAGUACUUACAUUUGUUAAAGAUAACAGCAAUGGUUAUAAUGAAUUAAUGGCAAGCCUCACAUUUAUAAAUGAUUACAAAGAUCCAAUUGCGUUCAAAAUAAAAACUACUUGUCUUAUUAAGUAUAAAGUUCGUCCAAGCACAGGUACACUUAUACCUCAAGAAAGUAUAAAAGUCACGUUUGUACUAAAUGGAAUGUCAAUAAAACAGACUGAUGUAAUGAGAGAUAAAUUUUUAGUACUUGUAAUUCCUGUUAUAGAUACUAAAGAUAUGGCAGAAAUGUGGAAGAUACAAUGGGAAACCAAAGAACAACACAUUUUAAAAUGUAAAAUUUCUAAUGAAAAUGAAACAGUAAAUUCCUGGAAUUCUUAUGACCAGAAUCAUAAUAAUGAUCUCGAGGAAAAAGUUAAUAAAUUAAUGAAUAUGGUUACUACUUUAGAAAUUUCGAAUCGCAUCCUUUCCCAACAUAUGCGUUACGUUAAGUAUUCAUUAUAUAUUUUACUAUUAGUGUGUUUGUUUGCAGUUGGAUUUUUGUGGGCUGUAUUUUAUCAUAAAUAGUGAAUUCUAGCUAACUAAUUGUUAUACCUAUUUAAUUUAUAUAAACAUUUUUUUUUAGAAAAAUACAUUAUUGUGAAUUUAAAUUUGUUUUUUAUUUUCAUUAGUUUCUAAAUAAUUUAUAUUCUUAAAAGAAAAAGACUGAUUAUUUUGUUAAGGAAAAUCCUUAAAACUGUUAUUUAUUAAUAAA